UACACAACUUGCUUUCGAACUGCAUGGACUUCGGGCUCGUAUAUCCCGCUCUCGUAGCAGGCAGGCUCCUCCUUGCUUUUGCUCCUCUUCCAGAUGCUCUAAAACAUGAUCAUCAGCUUAGUUCGCCAUUGACUUCAUACCCACGCUUACAGGAAGGCGUAUAUCUGUUCCAGCAUGGAAUCGAUCCAUAUUCUGGAGGGUUAUUUCGACAUUCCCCUCUAUUACUUUCGUUGUUCUCGACAGCGUUGCCUCUGAACAAGUUCACUUCUGCAUGUCUCUGGACGGCAUGCGACGCAAUUUCCGCUUGGGCACUAGUCAAAAUUUGGAGAGCGCGACAAAGAGUCUCACAGUCCUCUAGGGAUAGCUUGAUUGCAGCCAUAUAUCUAUUAAACCCAUAUUUACUUUUACCGACCCUGGCAUUGUCAACCUCAACUAUUGAGAACAUGCUAUUCCUGCUCUCGCUCAUGUUCGCUUCACAAGGGCAAUCAUCACCCUCGUUACUGGCGCUGGCGUUACUCGUGCAGCUAUCCCUUCCAUCCGCAAUAUUCAUCGUCCCUAUGAUAUUGCUCCUGUUAUCCGACCCUGUCUCCCGCCUUGCGUCGCCGCGUGAAUUCAAUACAUAUUUGAGCUCUAUACUGGCUAAGCUGGGUACGUUUUUGGGAUUCUCGUUCGCUCUGACCUCCUUGUCUGUACUCGUUUGCGGAAAUUGGACAUGGGUUGAACAAACAUGGGGAGCAGCGGUUAUGCUCCCGGAUCUUACUCCGAAUCCAGGACUCUGGUGGUAUUUCUUCACAGAGAUGUUCGACCACUUCAGACCUUUCUUCCUCAUGGUGUUUUCGGCGCACCUUCUUAUUUAUGUAUUGCCUGUUUGCCUCAAGUUCCAACACGAUAUACUCUACGCAACCUACAUCCUUGCGGGCGUUUACGCCACAUUCAAGCCAUACCCGACGCUCUCAGAUCCGGGCCUCUUCAUCAGUCUGAUUUCCCUUUUCCCUGAGACAUACCAAUACUUACGAUACCCCAUCGUGACAACCCUACUACAUCUUCAUUCCGCCCUGUUGCUCCCGCUAUUCCAUCACCUUUGGCUAUCCCAAGGAACGGGCAAUGCGAACUUUUUCUAUGCAUCAACGUUGGUCUUCGGGGUAUCGAAUGGUGCCGCGUUGCUGGAUGCCAUCUGGGCAGGACUCCGCAUCGCAGUCGGAAACCUUCCAGAAGGAUAUGAGCUUAUCCAGAAGUAGAAUCUCAGUCCGCUGCUGUACGAUCUCAGUUAACGAGUAUAGGUCUCCCAUGGUGUUCCUAUGCAGAGAUAAAAAAAUUUCACCUAGCCUCGGGGCAAGCUUAUUGCAAAUUUGCCAGGUGAAAGGUUACAAAAUACAGGUAUUAUUGCGCUUCUAC